AUGUUGUUACCACGAAAGUCUAGGGGCUCGCACUCCUCUAGUGGUUAUUAUUACUCCAGCAGUAAUGACUCGCCAUGGAACGAAGAGAUCACAUUCUCGAUGGACAGCCUCUAUGCAAGCAGAUCAUACUUCAUUGCACAGCUUGUUUUCGAGUUCCUCACACUGGGAGUGCUGUUUCUCUUCCUUUUCAGCUGUUUCUUCAUCAGACAGCCUAAGGCGCUGCCCAAGACUCUCCCCAAGAAGGGUCUUGUCUUCGGGAUCUUGAGCUAUAUCCUCUCCGAGCUCCUUACAAUCCCUUACCUGUUCUUCUAUCUUUGCGAGGUCACAGUGAAGCAGAGCUAUGUGGUCAUGUUGAUGCUCCAAACGAUAUUCUGGCUUCUGGCCCUGUUUCUCAUGUUCUACGUCUUCUACAGAGUCAUCCAAGCAUAUCUCAACCGAAUUGCGAACGGUGGCAAGACCUUCCUUCCUGUCUCCAUACUGCACUGGAUUUUCCUGGGUGUUUUGGGGAUUCUCAUGGUGGUCAAUGCUGCCAUGUACAUUGCUCUCCUCGUCAUGGAUGUCAACGGAAGCUACAGCCAAUGGCAAAUUAUCGGACACUACCGCAGGAUCGUUGAGGCUCGCAUCAUCAUCUCAUGGCUGAUGUCUCUGGAGAUUCUCGUGUGGACAAUCUUCAUCAUUGCGAAGUCGAGAUUUAGCAGCAAGACCGGAUCUAUAACCCUUGCUUUGGCAGGCUUCUUCCUCUUCGUGUUUUCCCUCGAGCAACUAAUCGUGACAAUCAUGUACAAUUUCGAAGCGAAGACCCCGCCUCUGUAUUUGAACUUGGCCACCUCAAUCGUUGCCUUCUUUUGCACAAUCGGCAUAUACUUCGGUCUCAUCUUCUGCUGCAUCCAAUGGUGCAAGGCCAGCAAGAUCUAUUCUCAAGAGCAUGCUCAACAUGCCCAGCUUGCUCAGCCUCCUCCUCCCCCUCCAGCACCUUACGCUCCCAUGUCCUCAUACCAACCAUAUCAGCCGCCGUCACCACAGCCCCCUAGCCAUCCAGCACAUUCCGGCUACUCGAGCCCUCCGAGCUUCACAGUGAGAGCGAUGCUGGAUCGCAUGGGCUUCCGCCUAACCAAUCACACUAUCCUCACGCGUGAAAGGAGGGAUCUCAAUAAGAUCAGUCGUCUUUCUCGCAAGAACAACUUUCCUAAUGCUAUUCUCAUGAUACCAUUUGCGUUGGAUAUUUUCUCGGUUUGA